AUGGCACAGCAGCAGUACGCAAAGGACCAGCCGCAGGGCUACAAGAACUAUGUGGAGAAUAUUGCAAUUGUCGGGGCAGGAGGCCAGGUCGGCGAAUACAUGGCGCGGGCACUCUUGAAAGCGGGCAAACACAAGCUCACGGCCAUCACGCGGACGGACUCGAAGAGCACGGUGCCCGAGGGCAUGAUUGUCAAGAAAGUCAACUACGAGGACCAAGCAUCGCUGGUGGACGCGCUCAGGGGCCAGGACGUACUGAUUAUCACCAUGGCGGUGACGGCGCCUAGGGACGCGGAGACGAAGCUGAUUGACGCCGCGGCCGCGGCGGGUGUGCCGUGGAUCCUGCCCAACGAGUACAGCAGCGACCAGCGCAACAAGGAGCUGCAGCACGAUAUCAUCAUCGGCGACCAGAAAGCCGUGACACGCAAGCACAUUGAGAGCCUCGGCGUCAGCGCCUGGAUCAGCUUCACUUGCAGUUUCUGGUACGAAUACUCGCUGGCGGCUGGGCCGGGAACGUAUGGCUUUGACAUCCCCAACAAGACCGUGACGCUGUACGACGACGGGAACACAAAGAUCAACACGACCACCUGGCUGCAGUGCGGCCGCGCCGCCGCGGCGCUGCUCAGCCUGAAGACCCUCCCUGACGACGAGGCCGACAAGACGCCCACGCUGUCCAUGUUCCGGAACAACGUCAUGUACAUCUCGUCGUUCCGGGCCAGCCAGCGCGACAUGCUCGCGGCGGUGCUGCGGGUCACCGGGGACAGCGAGCAUGACUGGACCGUCGCGCGCGAGGACGUGAAGGCGCGGUACGAGAGCGGCGUGGCGCAGGUGCGCGCCGGCGACAGGAUGGGCUUCGUCAAAUUGCUGUACGCGCGUGUCUUCUAUCCCAACGGCGACGGCGACUACGAGUCCAAGUACGGCCUGCACAACGACAUCUUGGGCCUGCCCCAGGAGGACUUUGACGAGGCCACAAAGAGAGCCGUCGAUUUGGCCAACAGGGGUGGACCGUUUGCACAGCGCCGUCAGUGA